AUGGCCGAGUUGCCUCGACAAGGCAAGCAGGUGCCAAAGAGGCAGAAGCCUUCACGACUGAGACAUGAAGUACGCCCCGAGUCAACCGAUGAUGAGCGAGAUCGCAAGAAGCCUGUCCCCCAAGAACCUGAUAGCGAUGCAAUUGUUCCGGAGACUCAGCCCAAUCAGGACGGAAACUACAUUCGUGAUGACUUCACUCCCGAGCGUGAGCUGGACCUCAGCAAUCUACAUACUAGUCCCGGUACUGCAGAAUUGUUGCAGCGCACUGCAGUAACGAAGAAAGCGGACACUCAUAUAUCAUCAUGGGUUCCAUUCGCUUUCAACACUCGCGCCAAGGAAACAUCCGGAUUGCACAAUAACUCUGGAUUAGCAGAUGUACCAACGUUCGCUUUUUCACGUUCGCAACCGAGCCAAGUUCACAAGAAGACAUCCCCGAAUGACGAGGCCCUUACCGCUAGGUCUGUUCCUCAUACUGAGUUGACAAUACCUGGUGUCGACAAGCAGGUCGUGCAUGCAUCACAGGAUGCCACCGUAGCAACAAAGCCUGCAUACGUCUCACCACCAAUCUUCUCGGGCAAUGACAAUCGCCAAAAGCCAAAUCCUGCCAUCGACCAGGAGAUACUUCUCUUCCAACAGCCAGCUGCCAAAGAGUCACGAAACGGAUCUGCAGAUCCUUUCUCUACCCAAGCGGACACGUCGUCUGAAAUCCCUCCGUCCGCACAGCCCGACGCAAGGCCAGCUCCGGGAACUAGCAAGGCUCGUGUUGUCAAGAAGUCCAAGAAAGGCAGAAAAGGACAGCUCUCUCAGCAGCGUGAAGGGCAGCGACCUCCUCGAUCAAACGUUCUGGCACGACACGCUCAACAGGCCAUAGCGCCUGGUGGGCCAGUAGCCGAGACACUCAAGAGACCCCUUGAUGCCGACUACACACGAGUUCAUGCCCCCCAAUCUCAUGCAGUGCAAGCAUCUGCCCCUAUCAAUGACCUCGAUGGGCAUUCAUACAUUGAGGAGUCUCCGCUGAUGAAAGAGCAUGAGUGUGUCGCUCACGCCGAGGAGUCUUGCAACACCACUCAGACCCUUCCGGACACGACCUUUCAAGACUUUCCAGAGUCUUCCGCCCAACGCGAGUUCCCCACGUCCUCUAUGCUUGUGGCAUCGACUUUGCCUCUGCAAGUGGACGCUACGGCGCCAAAGCAACAGCCGCUCGCAGAUAUACACGAUCAGGAUCGCGGGCUGCCCUUUGCUGAAGACCGUACUCCACUGCCGGCUCAAGACUCUGGUCUCCAUAUCCCAGACAAUCACGAGUCGAUUGCGGAAGCCACUCCGUCCACUCAACUCCAACAGCUCGAAGUAUUCGCAGAUAGUCAACAGGCUUUACCACAGCCAAAGGAUGCUGAAGCUGUUCUACAUCGCAUCUCCCACCAAGACGCAUCUCACCGUGUGGCCAAACCUCGAAGAAAGCUACGACCCAGCGGUCCGGUACCGAACAGCCCCCAGGAGCAGGCCAUGUCUCUCAGUGUUGAUCAAGCAAUUGAGAGCGUAAGAGUGGCGAUGCUGGCUGACAAAUUCCGGGCCAAGCAUGAAAGCAUGAUUGUCGCGAAGCAGCGCGAGGUCGAAAUUGCCGGGCUUCAGGGUACGAUCAACGACCAUGUCCAGACUAUCGCAGAGCGUGAUCAGAGCAUUCGAAGCCUGAAAGAAGCUUUCAGUCAACUCACCGACAAGGCCAAAAACAACCAGAAAUUCGUACAUGGCCUUCAGCAGGACUACGAGAAGCUGCAAAAGUCUGCUACGAGCUUCCAAAAGCAGAGCCAGAGGACACUGACAGAGAAGAUCACCGAACUUGAGGAUGAAAAGAAGACGUUGUAUCGCGAAUGCGAGACUGCAAUUCACAAGCUUGCUACAACUCAACAGAAGAUGAAGUCCGCGCUCGACGAUGUCUACGUGCGGUUCAUCAUAUCGGAGUCAAAGAGGAGAGAUCUUAUCGAAAAUCUGGGCAAGCGGGACGCCGAAAUCGGAGAAGAGCGGAGAAAACGCGACGACAUGGAAAAGCAGCUCCUGUCAAGCGUUCAGAGUAUUCCCGGUAAGAUUGUCGAUGCUUCCGAUACUCUGGCCAAGAAGUUGGAAUCACUCCAGACUUCGAUGGAGCAGGCGUCUGCCCAUGACGAUCGAAAUGACCCGAUCGAAGAAUGUCUGGACGCUUUGCGAACCCUGCAGAUGUCGCCAGCCUUGACAACUAAGGACAUCGAGAAGAUGGAGAGCACGUUGCGUCUUGUGCACGAACGGCAAUUGCACAGUUUGGACUCAGGUCUUGAUACCCUUUCCGAAACCAUAAGGAGCGAACCAACCCCUGGCACGGAACUCCGGACUUUCAUCGGAGAGCGAUUGGACACUCUUCAGAAAGCGAUGCUGAGAUAUGAUGAGGCUACUACCGAGAAUCGCAAAACGCAGGAGCUGAACGUUUCUCUCCAGACGAAACUUGAGGAGCAACAGCAACAUUCCGAUCAACUUAAUGAGCAAAUCAAGGAACUGAAGCAAUCUGAGGUCAAUCUCCAGGCCCAAUCCGAUCAGCUGGAACGGGAUUUGAUCGAACUGAGGGUUGCUCACCCUGUCCCACGCGUCGACACGGAGAAGCUCGAGCGAGAAGCUUUUGACCUUCGCCAACAGUUGAAGAAGGUCGAGGAAGAUCUGGAAGCCGCCAACAACAAGGUCGAGAUGAUUGAGCAGGAAAGAGAUACGUGCAAAGGUCACCACGAGGAUGUCAAGACGCAGCUACUGGAACUGCAGCAAAAUCACAGGGUUGAAGACGACGUCGCCAUACGAGAGGAGAUCGCUAAAGACUGCGAGAGUAGAUUCGCUAAGAAAGAACGCAGCUUAAAGAGCGAGAUUGAUCGACUCACAACUGAGCGCGACGAUAAAGAAAACGCACAUCAAGAAGUGAGCAUCAACCUGGACGCCGCGGAUACCCAGAUCAAGGAGCUGGAGGAGAAAAUCCGCACACUGGAAUCGAAAGCGUUGGAAACGACAAACAUCCAAGACCAGCUACGACAGACGACUGAAGAGCUACACACCAAGAGUAGAGGCCAUGCUGAACUGAGCCGCCGUUGCAAUGAGAAGACCGAGAAGAUCUCCGAGCUGCAAGGUCUUCUCGAUAAGUCACAAGCCCAAGCAGCCGAACAAGGGACGAUGAUGCAGACUUUGCGCGAUGAGGCUGAUACUACACUUGCCAAAGCACAACAAGAUGCAAGCAAUACGCUCCAACUGUUACACGAUCAGAUUUCUACGCUUCAAGAGGAGAAGAAGGAUCUAUCGUCCAAGCUUCAGCAUGCCCGGACCAAUGAGAGCAACCUGCGACAGGAUGUAGCCGAACUACGCGCUGCGAAGGAAGCAGACGAGUCUCGAUGCCAAAAAGACGCCGACCAAGAGCGCCGGAGGCUGAAUGAGCAACACCGCACCGUGAUAGAUGACUGGAAACGUCGUCUAGCCGAGAAAGACGCUGCAUUGGACAAAGCAGAAGCGGAUCUACGGCUCGCGGAAGACCAGUUUAAAGCCAAGCUAGCGGCUGAUCGCGAAAAGGCAGAGUCGAACAUGCAGAAACUGGAACGACAAUAUCAGGAUUUGAUCAAGGCUGAACGCGAGAAGGUUCGCCGCAUCCAACAAGACGGUCCCCAAGUGCAGGAUGGCCAGAGUGUCUCAACGGAUUCACGCGAUGCUGUACGGGCAGCGAAGCCCCGGAAGAAACUUCAACGACAAAACAACUCGGUGCUUGACGGUUCUCAGGGUCAGAGUCAUCACUUUGAGAAGCCAUCAUGGGCCUUGGACGCCGAGGUCUCACAGACUCAGUUUGACGACGACGACUUGUUUGCGACACAACAUGAGACUCAUGAAACCCCCAACAACGCAGACAGCAUUGAUCACGAACCUGGAACGGCUACAGAAACUCAGGAUAUUGGAAGUGCAUCUAUCUCGCAGGAUAUAUUCAACAUGUACCGACCGCCACAGCAAGAUCUCAAUCGCCAAGGCUCAAGCUCAUUGAAUUUGAGUAGUAUAUCCCUCGACGAUUUAGCUGCGCUGGAUGAGACUCAACCUGCGUCAGGUGCUAUGCUUCGGGGCUACGUUCGCGAUUCUUCCAAUCAUGCUUCAGCCCACGCAGAUACAAAAGCAACGCCAGCAGUCGACAACGUAUCUGUGGCUGGCUCUCACUCAUCUCGAUCAUCUGGACGACCACGAUCGCAAGCCAACACAGCGUCGCGGAUGAUGCCACCUCCUGGUAGUGGCUCUAGAUACUCUCAGCCUGGUACUGGUGUCCACGGGGAAGAGCAUGGAAGCUCCACUCGACAUACUACGUACGGCAAGCCUUUGGAGAUAUUCAGCGGUAGCGGCGCAAAUGCGUCAACCCCCAAAGAUCGGACUAGACCUUUGUCACAACAAACGAACAACCAGUAUGACUCCCGACGCUCCGCCCAACCCGGAUCACAGCACGGCGUGACGCCCUCAACGAAGCAGGGUUACACCGAUAAACGUAAGAGUAGCAAUGACUUGGCCGAGAGGGAAUCGGCUUCAAAGAAGCAGCGAACCAGAUCUCAGUCGCGUCCAUUGAACCCCUCUUCCGAUCUGCCUGGAAGACCUCAAUAUGCGUCUGGGAAGUCAGCCUCGGCUUCGCGUCCAAAGGCACAAAAGACUCUGUUGUAUGGACAGGCAAGUGCUCCAGCUUCGACCCGAUCAAAGACUCCCGUCGCUUCCUCCCGUAUGCGCGGUCGUGUCACCCGUCAGGCUCCGUCUUCUAGUGGUGCGUACUCACCGCGUGGCCAGCCUUCAUCGCAGGUAUCCACUGGUGGUCCGACCCGUCGAUCUUCGACCCGUCUUACUAGGAGCCAGAGUAAGGGCGCUCGCUUUGAAGCCGUGUUGGACUGA